CGAGGAGGAAGUCCAGGUCUCACGCUGGUGACUCCUCCAGCGCGUCCCCGGCCAUGGCAGAAGUAGAGGAAACACUAAAGAGGAUUCAGGCACACAAAGGGGUUAUUGGAACUAUUGUUGUAAAUGCAGAAGGAAUUCCAAUCAGAACAACCCUAGAUAACUCUACAACAGUACAAUAUGCAGGUCUUCUUCAUCAGCUCACAAUGAAAGCGAGGAGCACAGUGAGAGAUAUAGAUCCUCAGAAUGAUCUAACCUUUCUUCGGAUCAGAUCAAAGAAACAUGAAAUCAUGGUAGCCCCAGAUAAGGAGUAUCUUCUAAUUGUUAUUCAGAACCCAUGUGAAUAGACUUGACGCAACAAUAUUUUUAGAGACACCAAUGCAGCUGUACUUUUUAAAGUAAUAAUCCUUUAUUGAUAUUUAUUUUCAAACAUACCACUAAGUUCUUACAUAAUGUAUGUAACUUGUCAUUGCUGAAACUUUCCCAAGCUAAUAUUCUCAGUUGUAGCUGUACUUUAACUUAUGCUUGAGCAAAACAAACAUUGUAUGUGUAGAUAAAUACUCAGAAGAGCAACAAUAGAACAAAAUGUUUAAAAAACUUUUGUUAAUGGAUUUUCUGGCUAAUUCUUGUAACUAAAGAAUUCUCUUUACA